GAAGUUGGGUUCUAAUUCAAUGAAAAACUUCUCUGCUCAAGGUACAUUUUGUUUCAAUAAUUUAUUUGUGGAGUUUAUGUGAUGAAGUGAAUGAAUUAGAAGACAAUUAUAAGAUCUCGAAGAAAAUAUUAAUUUUUAACGAUAAUAAGAGACUUUAAAUAAAAUGAAAAACUGGUUAUGAAUCAUUGGUAGGAAUUGAAAUUAAUUAACAAAAGCUUUUCAUUAUGUAUAUUGUUGAAGGAUUUUCGAGAUCAAAGGAGUUGGAGGUCUUAGACCUUUCCCAUAAUGAGCUAAACUGCAAUAUCAUAACAAGUUUGUAUGGUUUCAUAUCAUUAAGGAGUUUGAUUUUGAGAGAUAACAAGUUCAAUUGUUCUCUCUCCACUUUAGAUUUUGCCAAAUUUAGUCGGCUAGAACUAUUGGACUUGGGUGGUAAUCAAUUUACUGGUUCUCUACAUGUUGAAGAUGUUCAACAUUUGAAAAAUUUGAAAAUGUUAAGUUUAAACGAUAAUCAAAUGAACGGCUCAAUUGAAGGACUAUGCAAUUUUAAGGAUUUGGUAGAACUGGAUAUCAGCAAAAACAUGUUUAGUGCUAAACUUCCAGAUUGUUUAAGCAACUUAACAAACCUCAGAGUUCUUGAACUUAGUAAUAAUCUGUUCAGUGGAAAUUUUCCAUCUUUCAUUAGCAAUCUCACAUCACUGGCAUACUUAUCCUUCUAUGGAAAUUACAUGCAAGGAUCAUUUUCAUUGAGCACUUUGGCUAAUCAUUCCAAUCUUGAGGUUCUAUAUAUUUCAUCAAAAAACAAUAUUGGAGUAGACAUUGAAACUGAAAAAACAAAGUGGUUUCCUAAAUUUCAAUUGAAGUCACUUAUUGUUAGAAAUUGCAACCUAAACAAGGACGAAGGAAGUGUCAUUCCUACUUUUCUUUCAUAUCAAUAUAAUUUGGUAUACUUGGUCCUCUCCAGCAACAAUAUAAAUGGCUCACUCCCAAGUAAUUGGUUGAUACAUAAUGAUGACAUGAUAUAUUUGGAUAUAUCAAACAACAAUUUGAGUGGUUUGCUUCCAAAAGAUAUCGGUAUAUUCCUUCCUAAUGUUACCUAUUUGAACUUUUCAUGGAAUAGCUUUGAAGGAAAUAUACCUUCAUCAAUUGGUAAGAUGAAACAACUUCAACUCUUGGACUUCUCUCAAAAUCAUUUCUCAGGUGAGUUACCUAAACAACUGGCCACAGGUUGUGAUAAUUUACAAUACUUGAAGCUCUCCAACAACUUUCUACAUGGGAACAUUCCAAGAUUUUGUAAUUCAGUGAAUAUGUUUGGGUUAUUUCUUAAUAAUAACAACUUUAGUGGAACACUUGAAGAUGUAUUAGGAAAUAAUACAAGAUUAGAAACGCUGUCCAUAUCCAAUAAUUCAUUCUCAGGCACAAUUCCUAGUUCAAUUGGGAUGUUUUCUAACAUGUGGGCCCUUCUUAUGUCUAAAAAUCAAUUAGAAGGUGAGAUCCCUAUUGAGAUUUCCAGCAUAUGGCGGCUUCAAAUUUUAGAUCUUUCUCAAAACAAGUUAAAUGGAUCAAUCCCACCUUUAAGUGGUUUGACUCUUCUAAGGUUCUUGUAUUUGCAAGAGAAUGGUCUCUCUGGAUCAAUCCCAUAUGAACUCUAUGAAGGCUUCCAACUACAACUUCUAGAUUUGAGGGAGAACAAAUUUUCAGGAAAAAUUCCCAACUGGAUGGAUAAGUUCUCAGAAUUAAGGGUCCUUUUAUUAGGAGGGAACAAUUUUGAAGGAGAAAUUCCAAUGCAGUUGUGUCGGUUAAAAAAGAUCAACAUAAUGGACUUAUCACGAAACAUGCUCAAUGCUUCCAUACCAUCUUGCUUUCGAAAUAUGUUAUUUGGAAUGAGACAAUAUGUUGAUGCUGUUUUUGACCUCUCAUCCAUCUUAUAUGGCCAACAUAUACAAGACACACAUUAUUUCUUCGAUUCUAGUUUGUCGAUUGAUCUUCCAUUGGAAAAAGAUCAAUUGAUUGAAGAUCUACUACAUUUGGAAGUGGAGUUCAGAACAAAGCACUAUGAAUACUUUUACAAGGGUAAAGUUCUAGAGAAUAUGACUGGAUUGGAUUUAUCAUGCAAUAAGCUAACAGGUGUCAUCCCUUCUCAAAUUGGAGACCUACAACAAAUUAGAGCCUUGAAUCUAUCACAUAAUCACUUGUCAGGUCCCAUUCCAAUCACUUUUUCAAAUCUUACCCAAAUAGAGAGUCUUGACUUAUCAUACAAUGACUUGAGUGGUAAGAUACCCAAUGAACUAACCCAGCUAAACUUUUUGUCAACCUUCAAUGUGUCAUACAACAACCUUUCUGGAACACCACCUAGUAUAGGCCAGUUUGCAAACUUUGAUGAGGAUAACUACAGAGGUAAUCCCAGUCUUUGUGGACCACUCCUCAGUCGAAAGUGUGAACGUGUCGAGCCUCCACCAUCAUCCCAAUCCAAUGACAAUGAAGAAGAGGAAACUGGUGUGGACAUGAUAACAUUUUAUUGGAGUUUCACAGCAUCUUACAUAACAAUACUAUUGGCCUUCAUAACAGUGUUGUGCAUCAAUCCACGUUGGCGCAUGGCCUGGUUUUAUUACAUCAGUAAGUUUAUGCGUAGAUUCUUUCCAACUUUUCCAUUGUAUUGAAGAGUGGCCAUAGUUCCUGUUGAAACAUUAUGUGGAGUCUCAAAUAUUUGCAUAUUGUAAUUUUUAUAUUUACCUUUAAUUUCAGACAAUUUGAUGUUCGUUUC